AGUGUUUGCUUAAUAUUAAAAACGACUAAUAGAAUAUACUACAGUUGCGAACUAUUGGUUUUAUAUAGAAAUUGUUUUGGUUUUUGUUAAGACUUUUUGAAUGCGAUAAUAGGUUCGUUUCAACACAGUGAAAGUUACGACAUUGUGAAAAAUUUGAUACGGAUCAAAUAUAUCAAUUUACAAUAUAAAAUGGAUCUGUUUUAGAAUGCACACGUUCGUGUAGUUUUUUUCAUAACAUUAAAGGGUUCCGCUAAAAGUACUUAAAACUUAAAAAAUGACUUCGAAAAACAGUAAGGAAAAAGAGAAUGAGGUCAAACUAACAGAAGAACAAAUUGCAGAAUUCCGACUGGCCUUUAGCGUGUUUGACAAAGAUGGUGAUGGGACAAUAUCGACGACAGAACUAUCUUCAGUUCUGAAGAACAUGGGACAGAACCUUCCCGACGCUGACCUUGAAGAAAUGAUUAACGAAGUGGAUGAAGACGGUAAUGGAGAAAUAGAUUUUGACGAGUUUUUAACAAUGAUGGAAAACAAGCUACAAUAUAAGGAAAACGAAGACGAGAUUUUGGAGGCAUUUAAAGUGUUUGACAACGGCAAAGGGUUUAUACGCGCCUCUGACCUCAGAGAAAUCUUAAAGACCCUAGGUGACCGAAUGACAGAUGAAGAGGUAGACGAAAUGAUGCUGGAAGCUGACAUUAAAGACGGCAUGAUCAAUAUACAUGAAUUUGUGACUGUGAUUUGCCGAUGACUUCAGAGCUUAUAUAAACCAGCAUAAAUCGAAAUAGAGACAAAUUGAAAGGAGAUGAUGCACUGAACAGUACUAGUAGAUAUAGUGUUCUCUGUGAAGUAUUUCAUCUCACUUAUUGUCAUUUAGAGACGAUUUCUAUAGCAACCUUUUGUCAUUCUAUUUUGCUGAAGACGUCAUUUGCUUUUGGAUGGAAGAUAGCUGUCUACUGUUUAUAAGGAAUUAUUUUGAAAAAUUAUCUAUGAAAGAUGGACUUACAAGAUGGUUAUCAUGCAGUAAUGAAAAACAUCUGCUCAUUAUUUUCUUAACGAAACAUUUUUAGCUCGUUUUUGUGAUCGCUCAAUGUCCGGCGUCUGUCUGUCGUCUGUCGGCUGUCAACAUUUAGCUUGUGUAUGCGAUAGAGGCUGUAUUUUUCAACUAAUCUUCAUGAAAUUUUGUAAGAAUAAUAACCUUGAUAAAAUCUAGGCCAAGUUUGAAAAUGGGUCAUCUGGGAUCAAAAACUAGGUCACCAGGUCAAAUCAAAGAAAAGCCUUGUGUAUGCGAUAGAGGCUGUAUUUUUCAACUGAUCUUCAUGAAAUUUUGUCAGAAUGAUUACCUUGAUAGAAUCUAGGCCAAGUUUGAAAAUGGGUUAUCUGUAAUAAAAACUAGGUCACUAGGUCAAAUUAAAGAAAAACCUUUGUGUAUGCGAUAGAGGCUGUAUUUUUCAAUUGAUCUUCAUGAAUUUUGGUCAGAAUGAUUACCUUUAUGAAAUCUAGGUCAAGUUUGAAUGUGGGUCACCUGGGGUUAAAAACUAGGUCAAUAGAUCAAAUCAAAGAAAAACCUUGUGUAUGCAGUAAGGGCUGCAUUUUACACUGGAUCCUCA